UUCCUUAUCGAAUAAUGUGUUUAUCUGAUAAAUGUUAAUAAGUCAUUAGCUAAAUUUUUGCUAGUACAUUGAGUGUACACAUUUAGACCGAUAAGGUCAGACAUUACAAGAAAAAUGAAGAUUAUAUUGUGCUUUGUUAUAAUUGCGUCUGUCGCUAAAACAAAUGCAGAAUAUAAAAACUAUCUCGGUUAUAAAUUGUAUAAAGCUGUUCCUACAAGCGAAGAUCAUGUCAACCUUCUGUUGAAAAUACAAAAUAGUGGCAUUGGAGAGUUCUGGACAGACUAUUAUCGAGUCGGGGAUGAUGUAAGGAUAAUGGUAUCUCCAAAAAAUGAAGAAUCAUUUUUAAGUCAAUUGAAAGAAUCAAAGCUUGAGGCUAAAUCUAUCUUCGAAGAUUUACAACAAAUCAUCGAUACUCAAAAUCCACCAGCCAAUGUACGCAACGUUAGAAGUACAGAAAGUUUUCAUUCCAUGACCUGGGACAGAUAUUACGAUUUGGAAGCAAUCAAUACCUGGUUAGAUGAAUUAGCAGCAGCAUAUCCCAAAGUGGUUACUACUGUAGUUAUGGGAACAUCUGUGGAGAAUAGAGAAAUCAAAGGAAUUAAAAUCGAUUAUCACCCAGAGCAGACAGAUAAGAAAAUUGGUUUUCUUGAAGGCACUUUACAUGCUAGAGAGUGGAUUUCUCCAGCUACUAUCACGUGGAUAGUAAAAGAGUUUCUGACAAGCACCGACUCUGAUGUAAGGGCGUUUGCUGAGAAUUUGGAAUGGCACGUGUUCCCUGUAGUGAAUCCAGAUGGUUAUGUUUAUACAUUUACUGAUCACAGACUGUGGAGGAAAAAUAGGAGUCAAGCCAAUUUCACAACGUGUGCAACAAAUGUUAACGAUGAUAUGAGCAACGGAGUCGACCUAAAUAGAAACUUUGACUUUGUUUGGAUGACUGUCGGCGCAUCCAAUGAUCCUUGCAGCAAUACCUUCGCUGGUCCUUCAGCUGCGUCUGAACCGGAAACCCGCGCUAUCCAGCAGUAUAUGACGAAUCUGAGCAACCACGGUGAAAUCAUUUACUACCUCUCGUUUCACUCGUACACGCAACUGUUCAUCGUGCCCUACAGCCAUAUUACAACCAAUCAAGUGCUGACAGCCAAUAAUUAUGCUAAUAUGUACGAGAUCGCGAUAAGAAGUGCUGAAAAAGUCUCACAACGCUACGGCACACACUACAGAGUUGGUAUAUCGGCUGAAGUACUAUAUCCGAUGAGCGGUUCCAGUUUCGAUUGGGUCAAAAAUCACACAGAUGCGAAAGUGUCAUUCCUGAUCGAACUUCGUGACCUGGGGGAGUUCGGUUUCCUCCUGCCAGCCUCUCAAAUCAUACCGAACAACCUGGAAGUGAUGGACGGUCUCAUUGAAAUGGACAAGACGACAAAAAAACUAGGUUACUACCAUAGCCGCAGCGGGUCGUCAACAAUUUUACAAUCUGUGAUCGUAGUUUUGUUGGGAUUAUUUGUUUCCAUAGUUCUCUGAAAAAGGAUUAUAAUAUUAAUUAUUAUUCUAAAAUAAUAAUUGUCAGUUAUAUUAGGAUGCAAUUGGAUGAAAUAAUACUCUUUAAAUUUAAUCUAAAUAUAA